AUGUGUGUGUUUCAGAUGGUGAUACUCGAUGUGUUAAUAAUAGGGGGCGGCCCUCAUGCCUUGACCCUGGCUAGCUUGCUAUCCACUGCUCACCCUAAUCCAAAUUCAGACCCUGGACAUGACUUACCACUCUCCCCCUUCUGCUCGGGCCCUUCGAGGCCUCAGCCAAACCCAGAAACAUCCCACAACAAACUCUGCAGUGGCAGGAAGAAGAGGAGAGCAAAAAAAGGUGUGACACUGGAGGAACGACUAGCAAAGUCAACAAUAUCAGAGAGUGUCGUUUGCCCCCCGCAAAGUCUCAGAGUGGUAGAUUCCUAUGGAGAGUGGACCUGUAUGUGGGAGAGCCAGUUCACAGCUCUAAAAAUCCCUCACUUGCGCUCACAUACACUGGUGCACACAGAUCCUCUCAAUAAGAAAGCUCUGCAGGAGUUUGUUUUAAAGUUUGAUCGUUUGACAGAGCUGCACAGUCUUCCAGACCAGGUUUAUAUUCUGGACAAAAAUGCAUUCUUCAAUGACAUGAGGCUCGGCAAGAAGGAGAGGAAACGUCUAAACAUCACCUCAACACUCAAGAAAAGUUUAUCCUUCAGUCUGCCAGGAACCAAACUAAGUGUGGAUUUCUUUAAAGAUCAGGUGGAGAGAUACAACUUGGACAAAGUGCUGGUAAAGGGAACAGUGGAGCGCAUCACCCCUGUGAUUGAGGACAAGGAGAAGAGAGUGAAAUAUUUUCAAGUCCAACUUCAAGAAGGCAUCACCCUAAAAGCCCGCCAAGUUGUUAUGGCGACAGGUCCGACCCGGGCCCAGAUGGCAAACAUCCCCUCAUGGGUGAAAAGCAUUGGAGAGAGCUACCCAGAGGAGCGUUUGCAACACACUGUGCACCUCAUGCAUCACCUGGCAACUGCUCGGCAAAAAAAUAAAGACACAGAUUUGUGUGAGGCAGGGCAGAGAGUAAUGGUAGUUGGUGGAGGUCUGACCAGCGCUCAUGUCGUCUCAAUUGCCCUGCAGCAAGGUGCCAGCCAUGUGACAUGGGUCAUGAGGAAGCACCUCCAGUUAAAACAGUUUGAUGUGGGUGAUGUGGAGAGCCUGGUGGGUCGUUACUCCCACGUGGAGCAUGGAAUCAAGAUGGACGGCCAAGCCUACCUAAGACAGUUCUAUAAUGAGCGGAGUCUCCACAAACGGCUGGCUAUGAUUCGCCAGGCAAGGAAAGGAGGGGCUGUCACCCCAGAGGCCUACAUCCACCUACAGCCAUUCAUCCUGAAUGGACAGGUGGACGUAAAGACAUACUGUCAGGUGAGUGAAAGCAGCUGGUGCUACAGGAACCAGGCCUGGAGUCUUUCCCUCAGCACCGGGGCCCACUGGACUGGAGAUAUGAUCUGGCUCGCCACUGGCUGCAAACUUGACGUCCAACAGGACCCGUUGCUUUCUGAGGUGAUGAGGGAAUUCCCCAUUCAGGUGAUAGAUGGUUGGCCAUGCAUAUCAGAAAGCUUACAGUGGGCAGAUGAGUGCCCGCUAUACCUGAUGGGGCAGUACACCGCUCUUCAGGUUGGACCUCAUGCAGUAAACCUAGCUGGGGGUCAGGCUGCCAGCAUGCGAAUUGCCAAGGACAUCAUGUGCCGUCAGCAACAGGACAAUGCAGAUGCUUUUGAACUGAUUGGGGAGAAAUCCAAAACUGAAGAAUAUAUUCAACAGAUGAAAGGCCAAUUAUGGCUUUAA